AUGGCAUUGCAUGAGAGAGAUACCGUUCCAAGAGAUGAUUCGAGUCAAGCUUCAUCCAAAGAUGCGGAUUCGAUAAAAUCGUACUCGGAAACAGAUUCAUUACUUUCACCAGUAACCGCUGCUUCAACUCCAAAUUACAAGUCAACCGCAACUUUUCCAGACGUGGAAUCUGCACAAAAUGACCAAGUCCAAGACGAAACCACGGAAAAGUCACGAGAGAGCGCUGCUAUCAUAAAUAAGUCUUCUGCUGAUUGUGUUUUUAUAUCAUAUGCAGAUGGUACACUUGUUCUUGCAACAUAUGGUACCAUUGCUUCCGAAUUUCGGGCACUGGGUGAUGCCAGUUGGUUGACUACUAGCUAUUCUUUAGCGAUGUGUGCGUCCCAACCUCUUACCGGCAAGAUCAGUGAUAUAUACGGAAGGAAACCAGUUCUCUUGAUAUCAUACGGGUUCUUCGUGAUCGGAUGUGUUUUGACGGGGCUUUCACAAACAAUGUGGCAAACUGUGAUGGGUAGAGUAGUAGCUGGCAUUGGAGCCUUCUCAACCCCUGCACUAACUCGCCCAGAUCUUGUACCUCUCAUUCAUGUUGCCGCGUGGAGAAGUUAUGUCAAUGUCGUUGGGACGAUUGGAAGGAGUAUCGGUGGACCCCUAGGCGGGCUGCUAGCAGACACAAUAGGAUGGCGUUGGUCGUUCAUCGGACAAGGACCUCUGAUGCUUUUCGCUAUUGCUUUAGUAGCAUAUAAACUUCCAACGAGAUCAUCAUCUGAUGAGCCCAUCCAAGGCAAAGAUGGGCCUUCAAAACUUCGACGAAUUGAUUUUGUUGGAGCAUUCUUGCUAACUGGAACCAUCGCUGCUUUUCUCGGCUCCCUCAGUCUUGGAGGACAAGCACUACCUUGGUCGCACCCUACAGUUCUUGGGUUGUUGUUGGGAUCUGUUGUGCUUGGCGCUAUAUUUGUGACGUAUGAGGUCAAAGUCGCUGCGGAGCCUAUAUUCCCGCCAGCACUUGCUGCCCAACGAGAUGUAGCAGCAUCUUAUGCUAUUCAUGCGUUGCAACUCAGUGCACAAAUGAUGUACUCUGUUCCACUCUAUUUUCGUGUUACAAAAGGCAGCUCCAAUACUACUGCUGGGCUUCAUCUCUUUCCGUCUCAUACUAACAAUCAUCAGCACUGGCAUUACAAAUACCUCCUGAUCUUCUCUACUAUCUCAUCUAUUUUCUCCUACACUAUGCUUCUCGCAACAUGGCAUAGCAAUCACCUUUCUCUCGCGGCGUCUCUCUCUAUAUUUCCAGGUGGUUUUGGUCUCGGAAUAACGGCUGCUUGCGCAUUUAUUGCCCUCACCGUUUCUGUUCAAAAGAGGGAGAUGGGUAUGGCAACCGCAGGUAUGUAUUUGAUGUCUAGUAUCGGUAUGGUUGUUGGAGUUGCCUUGUGUGCUGGAGUUCAAAACAGUUCUUUGGGAGAAGCGCUUGCAGGGUUAGAAUUGGAUGGAACCAUAGUGAGACAAGUGAUGGAAGAUGUGGGAAGCGUGAAAGACCUGCCGGGAGAUAUUAAGAUCCAGGUAAUAGAUGCAUAUGUGAAAAGUUUGGGAGCGAGUCAUGCAGUGAGUGUGGGACUCUCAAGUUUGGCGUUUUUGUUAAGUUUGGCGGUUAGAGAGAGAAAGAUCAGAUAG